UAUCACUGUAUGAAAAUUAUUAAGAGGUUUCUCCGAUUUCGUUUUAUUCAAAAUCGGUGCUUAGGCUCUCCGAUCUCCAAAAUCCAGUUUGCGAUAAAGAAGAUUACAGAAAGAUGGUGUUUGAUAAGUUACUGUUUCCAUUACCAUCUUCGGUAUUCAUGGCAUGUUCAAUCACCUUAGUUUCCUCGUUUAUUGCUGGAAUCUCUGAAUCAAAAGGGAAUAAUUUACCGUAUUCAAAAUUCGGGAAUACAAAUUCUGGCCAGAAAUCCAAAAAAGAGAGCGUUUUUCUUUCUGGUAGAAUUGGGAUGCUAAUUGUGUACACACCUGCUCUCUUAGCGAGUGCAAUUUCAUUCUGGGUUUACCCUAAUCAUGAUUUCAGAUUCUUGUUGGUGAAUUCUGCUCUUGCUCUUCAUUUCUUCAAGAGGGAUCUCGAGGUGUCGUUUGUACACAAGUACAGUGGAAAGAUGAUGCUUGACUCUGCAAUCAAGAUCUCUUUAAGUUAUUGCAUAUCAACUGUGAGCAUGAUUUACAAUCAACACCUAAUGCAAGGAAUCGUCGUGUAUUCAGUUGGAAUACACGACCCAAAAAUGGAUCUAAAACCAGUUGGAAUCGUCGUGUAUUCAGUGAGUAUCAUGGGGAAUUUCUACCACCAUUAUCUCCUUUCAAAACUAAGGGAGGAUCAUGAUAAAAAGUACAAAAUUCCGAAGGGUGGUCUCUUUGGACGCGUAAUUUGCCCACAUUAUAUGUUUGAAAUUCUAGUUUUUGUGGGGAUUUCCUUGAUGUCUCAGACAAUUUACCAAUUUUGUUUCACCGUUGGAACCAUAUGUUAUUUGACAGGAAGGAGUAUUGCUACUAGAAAAUGGUACCUUUCCAAGUUUCCAAACUUUCCUAAGCAUAUCAAGGCCCUUGUACCUUUUGUUUUUUAGAUUUUUUUUUUUUUGAAGCAUAUUUUGUUUUUUUAGAUGUAAACUUGUUUUGUGCUUACAAUUCUGAUGAAUCCAUGGACCUUUCGUGUAA